AUGGCUACUUGCAAGAAUACGGUUGUGUUCAUAAUGGGAUCAACAGGAACAGGAAAAACCAAGCUUUCAAUUGACCUAGGGUCACAUUUUCCUUCUGAAAUCAUUAACGCUGACAAGAUCCAAGUUUACAGGGGUUUGGACAUUAUCACCAACAAGAUCCCAGAAUCUCAGCAACGAGGAAUCCCCCACCACCUCCUUGGAAUCAUCGAAGAUCCUGACUUUGACUUUACUCCCACCCAUUUCUGUGACCAAGUCAUCUCUGCAAUCGAACAUAUAACCAAACAAGGACACAUCCCCAUUAUCGUUGGGGGGUCCAACAAUUAUCUUGAAGUCCUCGUGGAAGAUCACACUUUGGACUUUCGUUCCAAAUAUGAUUGUUGCUUCCUCUGGCUCGAUGUAUGUCUUGAUGUCCUCUUUCCCUAUCUAGACAAAAGAGUUGAUGAAAUGGUGGAAGCAGGAUUAGUGGAUGAGACUAGAGAGUACUUCGUACCUGGGGCUGACUAUGCUAUUGGAAUCAGAAGAGUCAUUGGUGCUCCUGAACUGGACAAGUAUUUUAAAGUUGAGAAAGAUGCUAAUGUUGAUGAUGCUUAUAAGAAAGAGUUGCUCAAUGACGCACUUCAGAGAAUGAAAGAGAACACUCGUACGCUAGCUCGAGGGCAACUUUCAAAGAUACAUCGCCUCAAUAAUGAGCUUGCUUGGGGAUUGAAUCGAAUUGACGCUACUAAGGUAUUUGAGGCUGUUUUAAGUGGCAGUGCGUAUCAAGUUCUGUGGGAAGAUAUUGUUUUUAAUCCAAGUAAAGGGAUUGUUCAGAGAUUCCUUGAAGGAAGAACAACAUAUGAGAGAUGGGAAAGCUAUACUGAAUAUUAUCAUGAUUUUGGCUUCAGAAAAAAUAAUUAG